AUGAGUCGUGUAAAUAUUCGUUGUAAAGCCACUCCACAGAAAAGAUUUCACGAAUGUUCGCCUCGUGGUGUUGAUGAUGUAAAAAGAUUGAGAGAACUUACUGUUGAGGAACAGUUUGAGGACUCGUUCUU